UGUGUUUUAUUUCUCUCUGAACUUAACUAUUAGGCCUUCAUCCUCUCCCUCUCUCGUUUGCUCUGCUUCUAACUGGAACGUUAAACCCAGCAAUUCACUCUACCCAGAGUUUUCUCCUCUUUCUCUAUUACUUCAAGCUGGCAAUCGAAAAUCAAGAACCCAGUGUCCAUGAAAUCAAGCCCAAGAACAGAAGAAUCAUGGGGGCUGGUGGGCCUGAUGAUGAAGACAACCAGUGGCCUCCAUGGUUGACACCUUUGUUAAGAGAGCAUUUCUUUGUUCAAUGCAAGCUUCAUGGUGAUUCUCACAAGAGCGAAUGCAAUAUGUACUGCUUAGAUUGCAUGAAUGGCGCUCUCUGUUCUAUCUGCCUUGCUCAUCAUAAGGAUCAUCGUUGUACUCAGAUUAGGAGAUCGUCAUACCAUGAUGUGAUAAGGGUAUCUGAGAUACAGAAAUAUGUGGAUAUUUCUGGAGUGCAGACUUAUGUUAUAAACAGUGCUAAGGUUGUUUUCACCAAUACCUGUGAGGUCUGUGAUCGAAGCCUUGUCGACUCCUUUCGCUUCUGCUCUCUCGGUUGCAAGAUUGUUGGCACAUCCAAGAGUUUCCAGAAGAAGAAGAGGCACUUAGCCAUGGCAUCAGACUCUGAGGAUUCAUGCAGCAGCAGCAGCAGCAGUAGCAAUGGAAUGCUGGAGAAUAACCACCACAAAAAGAACAAAGCGAGAAGCAUUAGUCCUUCAACACCGCCUCCUACGUCGGUCAAUUACCGGACUGCGAAACGAAGGAAGGGGAUUCCCCAUCAAGCACCAAUGGGAGGUCUGAUCAUAGAAUAUUAACCUUGGCCAUUAUGUUGUGUUUGAAAUAUAGUUUACCCCCACAUACACAAAUAUGUGGAUAUAGAUUAUAGUAGAGCAGCAACAGCUAGAUGUGGAAAAAUAGUUCCCUUUUUUUUGUGUUUUACAAGAUAAAUAUAGGGUGCUUGGUUUAUACUUAAGGUUUUGGAAAACAGUUAAAGAGAAUGAAAGAUGUAAAUAGGGCAUUAAGAGUAGUGAAAAAAAAGGUUCAAUCAUCAUGUGAUGUUGUAAUGUAAUGUAUGAAGAAGAGAGAAGCGAUG